UGUGCAAAGAAAACCACACCUUAUGUCAUUGUAGAGAGUUCAUAUCAAAGGUACCAAGAGAGAGAUGCGAGUUCGUGAAAAGCAAUCAACUAUGUUUCAAUUGUUUGGCCCCAGGACAUUCAGCUUUUAGAUGUCGACUCAGAAUGUUCUGCCGAGUAUGUAAGAAGCGUCAUCACACGCUCCUGCAUGAGACCUAUCAACCAAACAAUGUGGAAUGUCACCAUGAUACAGCUACCAACGAGAACAACAACAUCAAUGAACCAGUCUCAGAGUUAUCAACCAACAUAGCAACCAACACGUCUACUGCGCUCCUGGCUACAGCCCUAGUACCAGUGAGAGAUGAAUCAUCAGGACGUGUCACCAUGUUAAGAGCACUAAUCGACAAUGGAUCACAAGCAAGUUUUAUUAGUGAGAGAGCCGCCCAGUUACUUAAGCUGAAGAGGAUACCCUGCAAUGGUACAAUCACUGGCGUUGGCACAACAAAGACAACAGUCAAACACGUAGCACAAAUUGAGGUUCUUUCAAGCCAAGAUUACAAAUUCAGCCUCAAAUUGAAAGUUUAUGUAAUGCCUACGCGUUUAACAUCACAAUUACCAACGAGAGUUAUCUCUGAACGCACCUGGUCACACAUCCAUGGUAUAGCUUUAGCUGACCCCGGCUUCAAGCAACCUGGACCUGUAGACAUGCUGCUGGGUGUAGAAGUGUGUGCCGCAAUUAUGAAAGGCGAGAUUAUCAAGGGUCCCCCAGGCACCCCUAGUGCUCAAAAUACCAGCCUUGGGUGGAUUCUCUUCGGGCACAUCACUUCAGAGGAACACAGAGAUGAAUAUACAGUAAUGCACCAUCAGAUUGAUCUGGAAAUAAACAGUAUGCUAAAACAAAUGUGGGAAUUGAAUGAUCAUGAGCAAAAGAUCCUAACCGCAGAAGAGAGAAGAUGUGAAGAAAUAUAUGAAUCAAAUCAUUCCAGAACAGAAGAUGGCAGGUACAUUGUGAAGUUGCCUUUUAAAACAGAGAAUAGAUUAUCGAUUAAACAGAGUAACAUUCGGAACGGCUUCAGCCCCUUACUUAGCCGUUAAAACUCUGCUUCAGCUAGCUAAAGAUGAAGGCCACAUUAACGAAGAAGCAGCUAAAAUAAUCAAAGAAGAUUGUUUCAUGGAUGAUAUAGUAUCAGGAAAGGAAACACUAGAAGACGCAAUCAAAACAGCUAAAGAUAUAGAGAAGAUAUUACAGAAAGGAGGUUUCAUAUUACAGAAGUGGUGCUCAAAUGACGUAGAUUUCCUGAAACAAUUCGAACCAUCAAAGAUUAGCACUCAUGUCAACAUUAAAUUUGGCAUAGAUGGUAUCAUAAAGACACUAGGUAUCAUCUGGAACAUGGGAGAAGAUGUAUUUCAAUAUCAAAACAACUUACCUGCUACAGCUGAAUCUUACACGAAGAAAAGUAUCCUGGCAGAAAUACAGAAGUUGUUCGAUCCUCUCGGAUGGAUUGCCCCGGCGAUUAUCCCUGCAAAGAUACUCAUGCAAAGAUUAUGGUUACAAAA